AUGAUUUGAAAAUCUACUCAGUGAUUUAAGAAAAUAUCGACCCUUAUUCUGUGCCAUCACAUCUAAAAGUACUUCCCGAACAUCGAACACUGAAUCAUUAUCUCGAUUUGAUUUGGCCCGUCUGAUAAUCACCAACUAUGGAUUCGAUAUUCUCCUUCAUGUGACCUGUUCAGAUUUAAUGGAUUCCGAUCAGGGUAGAAAAUUCCUACAAGAAGCUAAAAACUGUGGAAUCAAGUAUAUUUUUGCUUUGCGAGGUGACGAUUUAGAUGAAUCAACGGAACGGGAAUUCAAUCAUGCCAUUGAUAUCGUUAGAUUUAUUCGAGCCGAGUUUCCAAACGAUUUUGUCGUCGCGGUCGCUGGUUAUCCUAAUGGUCAUCCAUCGGUAUCAUCCCUUGCUGAAGAUGUUAAAUACUUAAAGGCCAAAGUUGACGCUGGUGCUGAUCUAAUAAUAAGCCAAUUUUUUUUCAAUGUUGAUGUUUUUGCCCAAUGGGUUAGACUCUGUCGAUCAGCUGAUAUAAAAGCUCCCAUUUUACCGGGAAUAUUUACCUUUCCAUCUUAUCGAUCUUUUACCCGAAUGAUGAAAACAACCCAAGUUCCGAUCUGUAAUCAACUGGAAUCGAAAAUUGAAAAUAUUUCAAAUUGUGAUCAACAAAUUAAACAAUUUGCCAUCGAACAAUCAACACAAUUGUGCCUUAAUCUAGUUAAUCAAGGACUUUGUCCUGGACUACAUUUCUUUUCCCUCAAUAAAGAUUCAACGUUACAAGUUAUCGAGAUGAUUGAGCCCAAGAUACCGAGGACAACAAUUAACCAACAAUUAUUACGAUUAUCGGCACAAUUAGAGGAAUUUACUCUUGAUUCUGGUUCAGAAACAUUGGAAAAGAAUCAACCAUCAGUGAAAAGCGGUGAUAAAACACCAGAAUCAUCCAAUUAUCAUCAGAAUUAAUCAAUUGAUCAGUAACCAACUUUUGUCUUAAACAUCCUACAGAAAUCAAACUUCAUCCCACCGAAAGUCAUAUUAUUCCUGAUAAAUCAAACAUCAUUUAUGAGAUCAAACAAGUGGAUCUUAAUCACAAAUCUCAUCAAAAAUCAUAAUCAUAAUCAUCAACCACAAACAUCAUUAAUUGAUUUCAAAUGAUUAUCAACCACCUCAAAGAUCUGAUUAGAGAUGUGAUCAGAUUUCGUGUUGAUGACUUGAAGUUAAUUGUUUUCUUUUCUCCCUUUACGUUAAUGAUUAAACCCAAAGUUAUCAUUAAAUCAAUUCACUUAUCAUUACAAACGAUAAGUAAUGCAAACGAAAAACAAUCAUGUGCAAUGACGUAUACAUAUUAAUAGAUUUCAAGUUAUCUUUUUGUCUUUUUUUGUAAAUAAAACUUUU